AAGAGGGUACUUAGGGAGGGUUUGGGUUAGUACAGCCACAGUGCUAACCGAACUGUGUAGAACGGAAACUUCAUUGCCCGGACGUUUGUUGUUUUUACUGGUGUCUGUUGUUCAGCACAGCCGGCCACCAUGCCCACUGACGCCCAAAGUGAUGCUCGCUCCUUCCUGACGGAGGAGAUGAUUUCAGAGUUCAAAGCCGCUUUCGACAUGUUCGACACAGACGGUGGUGGUGACAUCAGCACCAAGGAGUUGGGUACCGUGAUGAGGAUGCUGGGUCAGAACCCAUCAAGGGAGGAGUUGGAUGCCAUCAUUGAGGAGGUUGAUGAGGACGGCAGCGGUACCAUUGACUUCGAGGAGUUCUUGGUUAUGAUGGUGCAGCAGUUGAAGGAGGACCAGGCUGGAAAGAGUGAAGAGGAACUUUCAGAAUGCUUCCGUAUUUUUGACAAGAACGGAGAUGGUUUCAUCGACCGGGAGGAGUUUGGAGAAAUCCUCCACCUCACCGGAGAAUCAGUUACAGAGGAAGAUAUUGAUGAGAUGUUCGGGGAAUCGGACUCAAACAAAGAUGGAAAGAUUGAUUUUGAUGAGUUUCUGAAAAUGAUGGAGAACGUCCAGUAAUGAGACCAGCUCUACAUUCCUUGGUGACCCUUCCUCGGAGAGAACAUGAAGCACGCUGUCUGAUGGAAAUCUGUUCAGAACAAACUCAAGAUGCUAUAAAACCCUGUGCCAUAAUGAAAAUGAUGUAGUUUCUGAGAUAUCAAACUGGAUACAAGUGAAACGCCUUUAUCCCCACCCCCCUUCCCCUUCUCACAUGAAACCCUGGGGCUUGGUGAGGAUAUCUAUAAAUACCCAUUCAGACCUUUUAAGACGAAGGCACUUUCUCCCUGCCACCUCCUUGCGAGGGCCACCCAGCUGUCUAUUUGGCAGCUGCCGUCCCUUCAGAAAUGCUACACCACCUAACUUUAACACCCACCCUCCUCCCCAUCAUGGUACUCCACCCUCUCCUGUGCUUUCUAAAUAAAUCAGCUCUCUCCUUCCCCUCA